CACACACACACACACAAACUGUGCUCUGCCGCGGAACCAGCGACCGAGACGAGUAGGAGAGGUACACACAAAACGGACGCUCGACGAGCACUCGCCCGCCCCCGUCGGCACUGGCGUCAGUGCGGCCGCAGAGCGCGUGGGUGCCGGUCCGGUGUGUUUUGCGUUCCGUCCUUUUCACGAUUUUUCGACGGUUUCUUUUACCCUCACAAACGGGUCAUAGAGAUAAUACAAAACCAUAAUAUUAUAUUAUUGUAGCCAAUACACAAUAUUAUCAUUGUCGUUUUCGCCGCCGACAAUAUUAUUAUCAUGUCGUCCGUCAUCAACGUGCGGCUCAACGAAAAGAUGACGUUGCGGUUCGUCGAACUGUACCGCGACCAGCGGGUGCUGUGGGACAAGGAGCACGAGGCGUACAACAAGCGGACGGAGAGGUUGCGGGCGUACCGGCGAAUCGCCGAGGCCAUGUCCGUCGAGGGGCUGGGUGUGCCCGAGGUGGCCAGCAAGAUCAAGAACAUCCGGUCCACGUACCUGCAGGAGCUGAAGAAGAUCAAGGACUCGGCGCAGCGGCACCUCGUCCAGUCCGAGGAGGAGGACGCCUCGUCGCCGUACGUGCCCAAGCUGCUCUGGUUCUCCAUACUGGACUCGAUGAUCGGCGGCGCGGCCGUCAAACGCCUUUACUCGUCCCCGUCCACUGCCGACAUGCUGUCCAUAGAUUACGCCGACGAGAGCAGCUGCCCCGCGAGUUCCAAUAACUAUACCACACCGUUCGACUACGGCUCAUCGUACGCCAACGACUUGGCCGACCCUGCCAAGAGACCGUCGUCGUCGUCGUCGGUGGUGGACGAACCGCCGCUCGCCAAGAGGCUGAUGUACGAGCGACAGCAGUCGUCCGCCGAGCUGUUCUCCAGGUACAUUGCCACCUCGCUGGAAGCACUGCCACCGCGGCUGUCGGUGCAGGCGCAAAAGGAAGUUCACGACGUUCUGGUCAAGUACAAAAUUUUGGAACUCGACCAACUAGAGCAACAGCGAUGACGACGACAGUGGAACAAACUAAUAGGUAUACGCCGCUUAGAAAUUAAAUCAUCCCGAAUGUACCUAUAAGUAUACACAAAUUGUGUUUUUUUUCCCGCCGACGCGUAAUCAACGACGGAUCAUCGAUUUUCCUACAUAAUUUUCAUCUCUGUGGACGGCGAACGGUUUGCGUGUAAAAUGUUAGGUAUUUAUAGAAUAUAAAUAAUAAAUCCUUCUAAACGCUUCUGCUGUUUAGCCGGUUUCUGCUCACUUUUCGAACGUCCCGAGCACAUUAUCAUCAUAAUACGUAAUGUGCACCAUGCAUUGGUCGCCUCCCUGCCAGGUGUUCAGAAAAUAUUAACAAUCAAAUUUAAACCGUUUACAAUCGAGAAAAGACUGUUAAAUUCAGCGUUGGAAGAAUAUACGUUGGCGUACCCAACCGCAACUAUUAAUUUAUAAUAUUCAGUGGGUCAUACUUUUAUUAUCAUACUUUUUUAGUCGUUAUUGUUUUUUCCGUCAUUCGCAUAAUAUCUUUCAGUUUGACAUUUUGGUUUUCUCGAAAUGGUUAAAUGUAAAGGUUGCUCGAACAAUCGCUCUCUUCGGUGAAGUCCACCGCGCACAGUUAUACAGUGUAGAGCCGAGCAUUCAGAGAAUUUUUUUUGCCACGGAAUGUUUUUUUUCGUGCAUCCGAACCCGCGCAGAGACGUGACUUGAGGCGACGCUAAAAAUACCCAUUACGCAAAUUGGCCGCCGCACCGACUUCAAAGCGAACGUUUUCGAAUCGAUAGGGACCGUAAUCUCGGCGCUGAAUCUGCGCGUUAUCGACUAGUGCCCCCCCUGCGUCCCCUCUAACUAUACGUCUCCUACCUUUGGAUGAAUUUUGUUUUGUAUGAAAUCGGACCGGCGCCGAACGACGAGAGAACGAUAUUUUAUAUUGUUGUCAUCAGUCAUCAAUCACAGCGUAUACCUACUUAGCACGUUGCUAAAGGUAAAAAUCGAUUGUUUUAUUCCCCAGUGGUGUAUCGUAAAAUGUUUGUAAAUACCUCUUAUGACUGCGUAUAUUUGUACUUUCGAUUUAUCGACGGACAAUAAAAUAUACAAUACAAUGUUUUUUUAAUAUUAUACUUAUAUUAUUUUAAUUUAA